AUGACCUACGCCUCGCCAAUCUACCUGGGGGAAAGCCUUCCUGAGGAAGGCACCCCACCUAACCCCGCCAGAAAACCGACGCAGGAGGAGGCGGAGGACCCCGACCGGACCCCAGCACGACGCUGCCCCGAGCCGCCUCAUGCCGGCACACUCGCCGACACAGCGCCGCCCAUUGACUUGGAGUACAGGGAGGAGCCAAGGACGCAAUCGCACCGCCAUCAACGACCACCGCGCCACCUAGAGGACUACGUUCUGGUCAACCCACAGCAGGAGACCGCCGGCACACCCACGGACGACCUCUCACGCGGCCUGGGGAUGGGAGACACGGAGGAAUCGCGGUCGACAGGAGGGUUGAACGCAAGCACGUUCACAGACACGGCGCCGCUCGUUGACCUGGAGUACGAGGAUGAGCCGGGAGCGCGACCUCACCGCCACCGACAGCCGCCGCGCUACCCAGAGGACCACAGCCUGGCCAAACACAACCAGACCCCGACACAGCACCACCUCGGACCGCCCCACUCGACCCCGUUCGCCGACGCAGCGUCGCCCGGACACCCGGAGUCGGAGGACGAGACGAGGACAUGGCCACACCGACGGCGACACCCGCCGCGUUACCUGGAGGACUACGUGCUGAACACACCGCCAGGGGAGACGGCGGAUACAUCCGCGAGCUGCCUACCAAAUGACCAGGGCACGGAACAGGAAGAGCCACAGCCGACGGUGGAGUUGGUGGACGAGGACCCGAGCCCGGAGGGCGCCCCACUCCGAUGCCAUCCCUGCGACGACGACCCAGGGACCAUAACCAUCACCGAGUUGCCCUACAGUCCUGGCAACCCCGAGAUGGACAGCGACCCGGGAACGAUCCCACUGGUAACGGAGCCAGAGGAGGAGUAUGCGGAGAACUACGAGACGCCUCGCAACAGCCCACCCGGCAUCCCGGAACGAGAGAGGUCUGGGACAGUUCACCAUGCGCCGUGCCGCCGCCCCCUGCCCAGCUGCCUCCGCAGUCGACCGGGCGGCGUGCGCCGCGCCGCCCUUCCAUGCGCCGUGCCGCCGCCCCCGGCCCAGCUGCCUCCACAGUCGACCGGGCAGCGUGCGCCGCGCCACCCUUCCAUGCGCCGUGUCGCCGCCCCCAGCCCAGCUGCCUCCGGAGUCGACUGGGCGGCGUGCGCUGCGCUUCCCUUCCAGGCGCUGUGCCGCCGCCCCCGGCCCAGCUGCCUCCGCAGUCGACCGGGCGGCGUGCGUCAUGCCACCCCACCGCCGAGCGUCACGACGCCGCAGCUAGGGGAACAGAGCGGGCCCUACCAGCCGCAGUCGGGGCUAGGUGUGCCAACACGUGGCGGGACCAAUAGCAGUGCAAAGUCGGGCUUCUCCGAGGGGGGGCGUUUGACGUCGUCCGGUCGGAGGCCGUCUUCAAGCCCGACUUGCGACCGCCCGUACUUAGUCCCGCUAACGAAGCGCGCCUCUAGCCACCCGGUCGGAGUCAAACAGAUACACAACACCAGGCAUGCUCCAGAAGCACUAAAACAGAAGCUGGGCGGGCACCUGACCGAAUUCGCAGAGCCCAGCCGAUACUCUACUGCCACCCAUGACAAGGCGCACUGA